AUGGCGGAACCAUCACCAUCACCACCCUCACCACCCCCAUCACAAACAUCCACAUUCUCCCUAACCUCCCACGAAACCGCCCUCGCCCUCCUCCCCCCUCACCCCCUCCACCCCUGCCUCGACCGUCUGCGCGCCCUCUACGACGCCGCCUACCCCAAAUGGCCGCCCCACCUCAACCAGGUCUACCCCUUUGAUGCGGAUGAGACGAGAAGGGAGCGGGUCAAGGGGUUGAGGGAGAUUGUGUUGGCUGCGCUUGGGGGGAGCGGGGCGACGGGGAGGUCGUAUCGGAUGCAUUUGACCAUGGCGCAGAGCGAGGAUGUGGAUUGUGCGGCGCAUAGGUUUUUGGUGGGAAAGAUUGGUCUGCUGCCCCCGGUGGAGUGGCAGGCUGCCGAGCUGGCAGUGUUGGUGAGGGAGCGGGAUGGGCGGGGUGGGAGUGUGAUGCGCUUGUGGGGGAGGAUUAGUCUCAAGGAUGGGAAGGUGGAAAGGUUGGGGAGGCUGGCGCCCUUUUAUAAGGAUGUGGGUGUGUUGAAAGAGGCGGGGGAUGGAGAAGCCGACGAGGUGGAGGGCAUGGCUGAGAAGGAUCAGCUUCAGACUUCGCCGCUGUAUUGCGCUGGGGAAGAGCCGGAGCGGUGGACGCCGUUCAUGCCGUCAAAGCUGGUCGUGGCUAGCUACAACGUCCUCGCCGAGUUUGAGUGGCCGCCCUCCGAGGCCCGGUAUCCGCUCGUGGUGAAUAACAUUCUUGCCGAGAAUGCCCACGCCGAUGUGCUGGUGCUGCAGGAGGUCACCGACGGCUUCCUGUCGUAUCUCCUUUCCGACAAGUGGAUCCGCGAAGCAUAUCCGUUCUGCACCCACGGCCCUCCCCAUGAGGACGGCAUCGAGCCACUCCCGAGCUACCUCAACAUUGUCAUCACAAGGGCGCCCUGGUCGCCAAGAUCAAACAUGCCGGCCGGUCCGACGGCGACAAGUUCCUUCCGGGUUGUUGUUGCGGCCGUCCACCUCAGUCACGGCCUGGGCCGAUGGAGCGGUGGUGGCCAAAAAGACAGACAUCAAACGGGUUAUCGGCUACCUCUCCGAGAACUACCCUGGGCACCCAUGGAAUUCUGGCGGGCGACUUCAACGUCACGACGUCGUCCGUCUUCGAUUAACACUGCACUCAAGAACAAGGCUAUAUCGGACUUGUCGCUCAGUCACCUGGCUAAUCUGGAUGGCCUUUUCGACGAGGCGAAGCUAGUUGAUGCUUGGAAGACCUCCACUGAGAACGACGCUGACGACAGCGAGGUGGAAGGGGAGCAAGGCGCCACCUGGGAUCCGACCGCCAACGGUAUGGCUGCCGCCAUGGCAGCCGGGGGCGGCAACACGAGACCUCAGCGAUAUGACCGGAUCCUUGUUCGCGGCGAGGGCUUCCUGAAAAUCACCAAUUUCAACAUGUUUGGCUUCCUGACAGAGCAAGGGGAUGAUUCGAAGAUGUUCGCCAGCGACCAUUGGGGCGUCAGAUGUUCUCUAGACAUGGGAGACAUUGGUGCUGAAGACCAUGAGCCGUCUGAGAAGGUUGCCAACCUAAUCGUACCUGUCCACCUGGAGAAGGCGCCAGAGCAUUUGGCUGGAUCGGGGAGCGUGGAGGCAUCUCUACGUGAACUCGGGGUCAUUCCCAGCGCGGACGAGGUGGUCAAUCGGAAGAAGGCACUGGACCUCCUGAAGAGCGUCAUCCUUGACGCGCCCUCAACGGACGCAGCAGCAGCACGGUCACAACCGGCGGUCAUCAUUGUCCCCGUCGCACCAACACCUUCUUCGCCCUGGCAACCCAGCGCCUCCGCAAGGCCGCCUCCCAGGGCAUCAGGAUCCUCCGCCGGGUCCGCGCCAACACCGGCACCAUGCUCGAGAUCGAGGUCGACGGCAUCAAGCCCUUGGCGUGACACCGACUACCUCGCGCGCUCCCUCCCCGACCCGCCCACCUUCCGCCUCGCCCACCGCGCCAUCAAGACCUGGGCCAAAUCGCGCGGCAUCUACGCCGCGCGCUUCGGCUUCCUCAGCGGCAUCCAGAUCUCCAUCCUGCUCGCGCGCGUGCACAAACUCCUCACCCGCACCACCACCACCACCCCCACACGCACCACGCCCCCAACCCCCGAAACCCUCCUCACCACCUUCUUCACCCACUACGCCACCUUCGACUGGGCCCACCAGCUCGCCUUCGACCCCUUUUUCCACCGCCACGCCCUGCCCUACACCCGCACCCCGCGCGAGCCCCUCGCCGUGCUGGGCUACUUUGCCCCCGCGCGCAACACCGCCCUCGCCGCGUCGGUGCCGUCAACGAAGACGCUCGCGGCCGAGUUUCGCCGUGCGGCGGAUGUGUUGAGGGGGGAGAAUGGUGCGCUUGGAUGGGCGGGGUUUCUGGGUGGUGGUUCUGGCGCGAAGGAUGAUUUCCUGGCGGCGCAUCGGUCGUAUGUUAAGCUGGAUGUGCAGUACUGGGGGGAUGUCGCUGGCGCGGGGGGCGCAGUUUCUGGGGGUGGGUUGGAGUCACGGUGUGUUAUGCUGUUGGUGGGAUCUGGCAUCGCCCGGGCGUCGCGGGCUGUUUGUGCCUCUGUGGCCCAGCCCGGUUUUGUCGAGGUGGAUGAGCUGGGGAAGGGCGAGGAGGAAGAAGGAGAGGGAGAGGGAGAGGGAGAGGACCGAGACUUUUAG